UAGCGUUGUUUCCUCUCCUCUCUCUUCUCUCCUCUCCUCUCCUCUCUCUCUAGAGAUUAUCUCUUGUGAUCUAACCUUUUAUCUCUGAUAAGAUGAAGAAGCGUGGAUAUGUAACAUCUUCUUCUGAUGAAACUGAAGAACCGAAUGUCCACCAGCUGGAACAGCCUGAAAGUUCCAGAUCCAAAAGAGGUGGUAAAGAGAUGGUAGAGGUUGAAGAGAAGGCAUCUCUUCACCAACGAAAAAAUGGAGGCCUUAACAGAAAACAAGAGAUAAAGCCGGAUAACAAUUAUCCAAAGCUGGAAGCACUUGUGACGGAACUGAAAGGUCUAAAGGAUACAACUGAAGAAUUGGUAAAGGAGAAAGAGAAACCUAAAUCUAAGAGAACUGCUUCGGAGCAGGAGAUUGAGACACUUAAAUCUAACAUUACUGUGCUGGAGAAGGAGAGAGAUAAAUCUAAGGUUACUGCUUUGGAGCUGGAGAUCGAGAGAAUCAAAUCUAAGGAUCCUGCUUUGGAGCUGAAGAUCGAGACACAAAACCAUGUGGUUACUACUCUGGAGCAGGAGAUCGAGAAACUUAAAUCUAGGGUUACUGCUAAGGAGCAGGGGAUCGAGACAUUUAAAUCUGAGGAAACUGCUUCGGAGCAGAGGAUCGAUAGAGUUAAAGCUAAGAUUACCGCUAUGGAGCGGAAGAUCGAGAGACAAAAAAGUUUUAUGCAAGAGGGGGAGAAGAAGUCAAUGGAAAUUGGCAGUCCACCGAACAUUGGCAGUCCACCGAACAUAGGCAGUCUGGUGGAUCCUAUGCACACAGAUUUUGAAGAAGACACUGAUGCUUUUCCUCUCCUACCUCCCGAAAGACCUGCAAAAAAGACAUGUCCCCCAACAAGCAGCACUUUAUCUAGUGGCUUCACAUCCAGUACUUACCAGUCAAUCUGCCAAUUUGCCACUGCACUGGUCACUCAGAAUCAUCUGCCCUCCACUGCUGGGGGUGCUGAAUUGGAGGAAGCCACACUUAACAAGCGAGCCUCUACCUCAGCUUCGGGUAUAAGCAGCACAACUGAUGUUCUGAAGCUUUACAAGAAUAUGGAGCCUUGUGUUUCCCUUGCCAUCCAGCUUGUACAAGAGAUAUCUAGAGCACUAAGAGAGUCAAGAGCUGUGAAUGCCGACGAGUACAGUGCCUACCAAGCCAAAGAUACUGCAGAUGACGAUAGCUAGGGAGCGGCUCUCUGGCUGGUCUUGCGUAGAACCGAUAAACGGCGGCACAGUCCCAGCAAAUAUAGGCCUUUAAAAAUAUAUUAUAUGUAGUGAUAAUUGAGAUGCCUGUUUGAUCCCUUCGAACAAUUUUUGUUUCUUCAGUUUUUUCUUCUUCUUUUAUUUUUUUUAUCUAUCAUAUGGAGGGUUUGUUGUUUUGUAAUUCGAAGUCUGAAUUUUUUAUUAUAAUUCUAAAUUAAGGUUUUUAUGUCAA